GGGGCUGGAGCAACAUCGACUGACUUCCGGCCAGGCCGUUGUCUGGGCGGUGCGGUCGAGUCAUCGCCGGGCCUCGCCGCUUGUGUCGUGUAUCUCUCCCCGCGCCGCCGCGGCGCCGGGGGUCGACCAGCCAAAGGGGGCGGGAGGCCACUCGGACCUUCCGGUGCAUUUCGUUCUGGCCAGCAGCCCGGCUACCCGCGCUGGGGCCUGGGGUCCUCGGGGCCCGCGAGGCCCGGUCUGAGGGGCCGGGGCCUACGUGGGCCCGCCGCCGAGCCCCAUGAGGCACAGCCUGACCAAACUGCUGGCGGCCUCGGGCAGCGACUCCCCAGCCCGCAGCGAGAGCCCGGCGCCGGCCGCGACCUGUUCGCUGUCCCCGGAUCUGACCCGGGCGGCGGCCGCCGCAUCUCCCCGCCGCCAGCAGCCGCGGGGCGACGAGGGCGAGUUGGACGCCGGGAGGGAGGGCCGCGGCGGCGUGGCCGUGCGCGCGCCCUCGCCCGAGGAGAUGGAGGAGGAGGCGAUCGCCAGCGUCCCCGGGGAGGAGACGGAGGACAUGGACUUUCUGUCCGGGCUGGAACUGGCGGAUCUGCUGGACCCCCGGCAGCCGGACUGGCACCUGGAGCCUGGGCUUAGCUCACCCGGACCUCUGUCCUCGUCCGGCGGUGGCUCGGAUAGCGGCGGCCUGUGGAGAGGGGACGACGAUGAUGAGUCCGCGGCUGCCGAGAUGCAGCGCUUUUCGGACCUCCUGCAGAGGCUUUUAAACGGCAUCGGAGGCUGCAGCGGCGGCAGUGACAGUGGCAGCGGCGAAAAGAGGCGGAGAAAGUCCCCAGGAGGCGUCGGCGGCGGCAGCAGCGACAACCAGGCGGCGACAAAGAGUCCCCGUAAGGCGGCGGCGGCGGCUGCCCGUCUGAAUCGGCUGAAGAAGAAGGAGUACGUGAUGGGGCUGGAGAGCCGGGUCCGGGGUCUGGCAGCCGAGAACCAGGAGCUGCGGGCCGAGAACCGGGAGCUGGGCAAGCGCGUCCAAGCACUGCAGGAGGAGAGUCGCUACCUACGGGCCGUCCUAGCCAACGAGACCGGACUGGCUCGCCUGCUGAGCCGGCUGAGCGGCGUGGGACUGCGGCUGACCACCUCGCUCUUCAGAGACGCGCCCGCCGGCGACCAUGACUACGCUCUGCCCGUGGGGAAGCAGCGUCAGGACCCGCUGGAAGAGGACGACUCCGCGGGAGGAGUGUGUCUGCAUGUGGACAAGGAUAAGGUGUCGGUGGAGUUCUGCUCGGCGUGCGCCCGGAAGGCGUCGUCUUCUCUUAAAAUGUAGGGUCAAGUAAUCUGCUCUUUAUCCGCGUUUACCCCUUUCAACUCCCUUACACCAUGUAAAACACCUUAGUGGGACAUCUUCACUGGACACAUUUCAGAGGAGGAAAAAAAGUAAUAUUGAAUCUUAAAGUGUUUAGCUAAAAAGCAUGAAUGUGACACUGUAACCAACUCCUAAUGAUAACAUGUGACUAUUAAAUCUCUCUGACAGUUUCUUUUUUAGGUGAUUUCCUUCCUGCCAGGCUCCGUUGUAGGGGUUACAGAACAGUCGUUCCCGCCUCACAACCUGGCGGGAGGGGAAUCUAAUUUGGGCCCUGUCCACCCUGGAAACAGACUUGUGCUGGUCAGUAAUGUGUUUAAGAUGCUUCUUAUGGUUGAAAUAGCUGUUAAUGUGUCCCCUUGUUCAGACUUGCGUGUACCUAGCUCUUCUGUCCCCAGUGUGGACAUGGCCUUGGAUGACAUCGGUUCCAACUGUACACUGAAAGCUGCUAAUAGAGAUACAGUUUGGAGACAGUGAAACAGGUGAAGUUGAAUGGAAGUUCCGAGUUGUACAAGGUGCAAAUUGGAAUUCCUAUCUUAGAGCAACUUUUCAGAGGUUGACAGUAAGAAUUUGGGGCUUGCACAAAUGUGAUAGCUAUUUUCCUGAAGAUGACAGAAAUCUCUUAAAUAUUCAAGAAUGCCUUUUAGUUUCGAGUAGAAGAUCUAGAAAUACAAUCCAUUCCAAUUAACAUUAUAAUAUCUCACCAUUAGAAAAGUUGGAAAUUAACAUGUGUAUCAGACUCCUGUGUUAGUUAAUUGAAGGAGGACUAAGAAUGGUUAACGAAGUGUUUUCUUUGAGGACCAGCACAGUGAUUAUCCUAUCACUGAGUAUGAAUAAAUUGUUAAAACACCUUUAUUUUUGUUGUAUUAAAAUUUUAGGUUAAAUUUAUGUAUGAUUAGAUAUUGAAGGUUGUGAAAUGUGAAUGAAAACAUGUAAAGUGAGGCUUCACAAAGAAUCUUUAUUCUCCAUAUUUCAAAGAUAUUUGUCCUAUUAAAAAACAAUUUUUAAGAACUGAGUGGUUCUGGCUAAUGACAUGAUUGACAUUUCCUAAAGAUAGGACAUAUUCUUCUUUUGAAGUACUCUGUUCAAUGGUGUAGACUGAGUUAUGGUGUCCUUUAGUGUAAGAAACAUUAAGAAAUUCUUUGUGAAACAUCACUGUUUGAUAAAGUAUAUACGUAUUUAGCAUCCUUGUUUUUCUUUGUGCUAAAGUGGAUACAGCUGUUGGGGCAGAAGAGACGGGACCAGCUGCUGGCCACAUUUCCUGCUUUAUUUUAAAAGGUAGUAUAAGAAAUGAGGAAAAAGAGGUAAUAUCAGGGCUUCUGAUGUCUUUUAUUUUAAAAUGUUCAUGAUUAAAAAGUAUCUUCCAGCAGUCCAAAGAUGUAAGUUAACUUACACAUAAAAUGUUUUAUUUUGUUGUCAUUGGUUGUGAAAAUGGAAUCCUUGUUCUUGCACAACUGUAAAUGUUUUGUUGCUAGAUAAUACGAGUUGAGACCUAACUGGUUCUCUGGUUUCCAGUGCAUUACAGCAUAUUUUUGUAAAAUCAUCUACUGCACUUGAGCAUGAAUGGGUAGCAGCAAACUCAGAACCUGGAGUGAUGAACCUGCUUAUACCUAAGUGCAGGAGCAAGCCCCACACACAACCCUCUUCCUCACAAUGCAGUGCAUGGAUUUUUAGUGCCUACUGAAUUAUAUAUAUAUAUAUAUACACACACACACACACACACAUAUAAACCAAAAGUAGUUGGAAAAAUUAUUUGAAAUGACUAAUUUGUGCUAUCUUUAUGGAAUAUGUUAAAUGUAGCUAUUUGAAACAGAAGCCUUGAAUUGAAAUUUAAUUAAUACUUGAACAUUUUGUGUAUAUUUCUUUGUAUAUAAUUUUGUGCAGUAUCAAUGACAAAAAUACGGUGUCAUAAUAAAACCAGGUUUGUUGAUCUUUCAGUUAUGGGCUCAAAGAAUUUAUUCAUCUCUAACAUGACAUUGGAAAAUAAUGGAUGAAAAUAGGAAAAAUGAUUGUUGUUAGUGCUGACUGUGGGUCUUAAAAGGUUCUGGAAGCAGUAAGUGUUUUUCUAAAAAUUAUAUCAUUCCCUUGGAAUAUUUUCUUCAUAUAACAUCAGUGCUUUUCCUGAAUUAUUUGAAGUUCGGGGCUGGGGAGAAACUUAAGUCACAGCUUUCUGAAUUGGGAUGCUUUGAAAUUCCAAGUGUAGAUUUUUAGAAUGUCAUUUUAUAAAUGGCAGUUUUUGGAAAUACUUGAUUAAGAACUUUUGAAAAUGGAGAUUAGUAUCGCCUAUUUUUAAAGCUGCUUUGUUAGGUUCCUUGUGUUUUAACUGUCUUAGUUUCCAUUUCAUUCUCUUUUCUCUAAUUUUGGUGACUUGGUGAUUUUGUCGUUUUUUUACAUCAACUUCAUGGCCUUGUUUUUACAUGGUUUUGCAUGUAUGUAGGACCUACCUAAUGGGCUUUAAGUAAAUUUGGUCAUAUUUAUGUGUAAGCACAUUACUGUAAAUGUUCGGGUUUCUGAAUUUACAAGAGAUCUGUUUAUUUCAGUAUGUAGUAAACAGUAUCUUAAAGUGUCUAUUCACUACUUGUUAAUUAAAAAAGUUAUUCUUAAUAUGAAA